AUGGAGGACGUCGCGUUGCAGACCACUGUUGCAGCCACCCGGUUCCGGCCGGGGCAUGCUGUUCAGGCGCCGCGACUGAUAACACGCCACUGGAUGCACGGACCUGGCCUGCCUGGCGCAGCCGCCGUGGCCAUUGCUGGUACGAGACGCCUCGUGGGUCGCCGUUUCUCCAGACGAAGGGCUUCCAUUCAAGGUGUGCCGCUUCUGGACCUUGCCCAACAACCAGGUCAACCAACUCAGGCCACCUCUCCUGGGCCGCUUCUGGAUGCUUUCAGAAAGAUUGGCGCUUUCCAGGUUCGGAUGCCUCCAAAACUGGCCUAUGACACGAGACUCAUCUUCUCGCAGUUUGGAGACUUCAUGGCGCUGCCAGAAGCAGCACGGCACCAGUUCCUCUGCGACUCAAAAGAGUUGCUGGCUGUGCAUGGAUAUCAGCCGCGUGGUGGACAGGGCGAGCGUUUCAAUCGAUUUCGUUCGGGCGUCGUCUUUCACGGCAAGAACACCCUGCCCCUGUUGCCUGAGCCGUUUGAGGCGGAAGUGGCGAACUGGCGGGAUCAGGUAUGGCGGCUCUCCGAGAGGAUUCUGGACCACCUCCUUCACGAGCUGCGCUGCACUGGAACAUUGAAGGAGAACCUGGAUCCGGGUGCAUUCCAUGAGGGUGCCUCUUUCGACAUGAUUUCAGGGUCACACUUCCAGCUGAAGCAGAUGCACUCCGCAGGCCAGGAUGGGGAGAGUGUGCGGCUGCCGCUCCACCAAGAUCCGAGCUUCAUGUCUCUUCUGAUCCAUGCUUCGUCCAAGCCGCCGGGUCAAGGCCUGGAAAUCUUGGACGACAGGGCGCAGGAGUUCGUUGCUGUACCUCGGUCUGGUUGCGAGUUCGCCACGGUUCUGAUUGGCCAGCUUUUCCAUCAGCUCUGUGGGCGUGGAGACAUGCGAUUUGCCAAGGGAUCGCACAGAGUGGUGACGCGUCCUGAAGACAUGACGAAGCAGCGCCACACCGCCGUUUUCUUCUUCCAGCCGCAGUUGGACACACUGCUCCGUCCGCUGGUGCCCCCGACUACGGGCAGCCACGAAGCGCCGAUUACUUUUCGUGAGAGGCGCCUGCGAAGCUAUCAGCGCUUCGCACGGGCGGCGCCGCCAUGGCAGAAGGACUGA